AUGUCUUCUGUGGAUUUAGAAGAGGGCCUUCCACCUCAAAAGUCAGAUUCGUUUCAGCUGUCUGCCUUAAGUGAAUUUGGGGAGGACAAGGAGGCGGUCAGCUCCUCGACAUCAUUCAUCACCUUUAUGAAGCCUGAAGUCCAGCACAAGUCUCACUUGUUUACUGAGGUGCCACUGGCCAAGGUGGAGAGAAUAUUUGAGGAGGGUCUCAACAAGGCUGGAGUCAUGGACUUGGAAGCUUUCAUUAAGACCAUGAAGAGGGUUCUGAGCAAUGCGUCAGAUGACAUGCUGGAGGCACUGUUUCUGAAGGUGGACUCAGACUGUAAUGGCUUUGUCACCUGGCAGAAGUAUGUGGACUACAUGAUGGGCGAGUUCCGGGGCCAGGAGGAGAUGAGGAAGAGCCAGUACCGCCUGCGCUUCCACCUCCCCAUGACCGUCGUCCCUCUGAAUCAUGGAUGUGAGAUUGUGAAAGUGGUGUUUUUGAAGCUGCGGUUCAAGAAGAUCGGGUGCUUCCUGAGCAUCAGUAAGGACGGGCUCCUGCAGUUCUGGUCGGAGAGCUUCUCGCUGAUCAGCUCCUUUAGGCUUGACCAGAUACAGCCGUCCCGCAGCCAGAAGAUGUGGGUCACCGACAUGGUGUGUCUGCACAACAUGAACCUCCUGGCGGUGGCGUCGACGGAGCUGAAGAUCGAAUUCUUUGAUAUCAGUAACCGUCGGUGUGUCCGGGCCUUCACCUUGGUUGAUGUGGACAGCUGCGUGCUGGCCAUGGACUACUGGUCUGACUAUCACAGAGGCGUGUUCUGCUAUGGGGACACCAAAGGCAGCGUCAUCAUCUUCACUUCCGACAACAUGACCCACGGGCUGUUCAACCCCCACAUCCUCCCCAAGGCCUCCAAAUGGGAUCACUGGACCAGCAUUUCCACCCAGAAGCUCUUAAAUGAAAAGUCCAGCUUGCAUAGAAGUUACCGACUGAGGGCCAUUCAUCACAACUGGUGCCAACAGGUCAAGUUCAUUCCCGAGCUGAAUGUAGUGGUCUCCUGUUCAGCCAUCGAUAGGUCUUCUCUGGUGCUGUCCAUAUUGCCAGCCAAAGCCUCGGAGAAGCCCAGGUUGUCGGUGCUGAAUCUAAGGAAGGGAAUUCUUUGCUUUGAUUACUGCCCAGACAAGAACUUCCUGGUGACAGGUGGCUAUGACCCCAACAUCCGCCUGUGGAACCCCUUUGUCUCACAAAAGCCUGUGUGGCUGAUGAAGGGACACCAGACCUCUGUGACGCACAUCAUGGUGAGCAGCAAGAACAGCAACAUCCUCAUCAGCAUCUCCAAGGACAAGAAUGUUCGUGUGUGGGACAUGCAGGACUACAUUUGCCUCCAGUCCUUCUGCGGGAAGCUGUUUGCCCUGGGGAACUGCCCCAUCACCAGCGCCUACUUCCACAGCGAGGCCGGGGCCCUCGUCUGCAGUACCUUCUCGAUUGGGAUCCUCAAAGGGUACUCGGAGGCCCAGGGGCCUGUGAAAGCAGGGAAGAUCACAACUCACGGCGCGCCCCUGUGUGCUGUCCUCUACAGCAAGAUCUUUAAGCAGGUGGUGAGCGGCUGCCUGCAUGGCACCGUGAACGUGUGGGAGAUCACCACGGGCAGGAAGAUGGUGGAGUUCUCUGUGUCUGGGGCCCAGCAAGUGGAGCUGACCGCCAUGGCCCUGGACGAGUCGGAGCGCUGCCUGCUCACGGGCCUGCGAGAGGGCACCAUGCAGAUGUGGAACUACAACAGUGGCGAGUGCCUGCUGACCUUCCCCAACCCCGACCAGCUGGAGAUUAGUGGAAUUAUCCACAUGAACAAAACGUACUACAUGACGGGCUGGAGUAAGAGAAUCACUAAUUUCACGUUCCACAAAACCAAGCCGGUGCUGCUGUGCUCCCAGUGGCAGGCCUUCCACAGCGAGGACGUCCUGAGCAUGGCCAAGUACCAGAACCAGUUCCUCGGGACCUCCUCCUACAACGGGGACAUCCUCUUCUGGAACGUCAGCAUGUUCAAGCCCAUCUUCAACUUCAACGCCUCCGAGAGCCCCUUGCCCUUGCAGCCCAAGAAGGUACGGGAAGCGGGCGGCUUCCUGGCUGAGGGCCACAAGCCCACCAAAUCCUACGUGGAGGAGGUGUGGGCACACAAGACCCCCAGAAAGCUCCCUGGCCCUAGCGCCAAGACCCCGGCCGGUGCCAGCCUGAAGCUGAACCUGAAGUCGGCUCCCCUGGUGCUGAAGCACUUGAAAGACAAGGAGUCGGACAAGCCUGUGCUCCAGCAGGCCUCUUUCAGCGCUGGCAGGACCGGGCUGGCAGCCAAGUUGCGUGGCAAACAGUCCAUUUACAAAGAGGCUGAGAAGAAGAGAGGGGAGUUCCAGCGGAAGAAGUUGCUGCAGUCCAACGUGUCGGUGGAGAAGAUCAUCUUCCUGCAGACCAGGCCUCGCCUGCCACACACGGCUGCCUUGCUAAGCAGCUGCAUGGAUGGCUUCAUCUACGCCUGGUCCGUCCACGGCAACGGAGGCCUCCUGGGGAAGUUCCCCGUGGAGCUCAAAGACCACGAGGAUGUCGUCGUGGGCGCCAUGGCCACUGACGAAAAUGACUGGAUCCUCAUCACGGGGGACUGUAAAGGAAGCAUCAAGAUCUGGGACAUCAAGGAUUACUGCGUAUGUGUUGGCCAGCAGCCACCACACCCCAACGUGAGCAGUGCUGUCACUGAAGUGGAAAACAAGUUCCAGGUGCUCAUUCCUAAAAGGCUGCAGAUCAGCACCCCAUACUACAUUCCUUUGAAGGAGAAGGAGGUUGUGAUGGGCCAGACCAUUUCUCUGGUUCCUCCGAAACUCCUGAUUACGUGGAGGGGCCAUUUGGAUAGCGUGACCGACAUCCUGUAUGUGGACAGCUUCCAGGUGGUCAUCAGUGCUGGCCAGGACCGGAACGUCAAGACGUGGAAACUCUCUGGUGAUGCCCUUGGGACGUUCGGCCUGAGUAUGUGGAAGAGACUCCAGGAUGCCACCAUGGACGGGGAUCAAGAGGCAGGAGCAGGCUCUGAGGGGAAGGCCGACUCCAUGGGCGCUGCGGGCAGGGCCCCGCACCCCGAGCUGCACAGGGAUCUUGCCGAGGUCCUGGGGUUCCAGCGGCGAGAGCAGGUGGUCCUGAUGGAUCUCCUGAGUGCGAGAGAGGAUACGGAGGCCAAGGCAUGGGCCAAGCUGCAGAGGAUGGCCCAGGUGUCCCCGUGGACCCGAGAGCGCCCCCUGGAAGACAUUGAGGACACCUGGAGCCAGUGGGAAUCCGAGGGCAAGCAGGUGAGCAAGGUCUUGGGAGCAGCAUAUAAGCCCAAGGAGCGGCUGCGGAGCGCCAAGCAGCUCACCACCAUGGUGCAGUACGGCUGGAUGAAGCACCAGAUCUCACCCCAGAUCUACCAAAGCCUGCACUGCAGCGAGCUGAUGCCCACGCAGCAGCCCGACUUCGUGCGGCACAGGGCCCUGGGCCAGCAGGUCCAGCACAUCCGCUGGGUGGUGCGCGAGGUCCCGCAGGACCUGGAGGCUGGCAGGGAGCGGCCCCUGCUGGACACCGUGACCAGCAUGACCAUCGCCACCUCCCCCUCCUCCUCCUCCUCGCCCUCCCUGCCGUCCCUGCCAGCCUCCAGGUUGCCAGGCUCCGACUCCCCGCGGAGCCCGUCCUCGGUGUCCUUGCUGCGGCCCUGGUCGGCCACUGCGGCCCAGAGACGCUCACGCCCACAGCUCUUCCCCUGCGGCCACACCCCUGGCGUCUCUAGGCCAUGCUUGUGUCCUCUGUGA